CGGUCCCGAGGGCGGGGCCCGAGGUGGGGGGCGGUCCCGGUCCCGGUGCCCGUUCCUCCGCCGCCGGCCCGGCCAUGCCGUUCCCCGCCGCGCUGCUCUUCUUGGCACUGCUGCUGCCGCCGCCGCCGCUCUCCCGCGCCGCCGAGAGCGAAACCGAAACCGGCGCCCGGGAGCUACGGCUGGAAACCAUCGUGGGACCCCCCGAGGGCUGCACGGAGCUGUCGGCGCCGGGGGACACGGUGCACAUCCACUACACGGGCAGCCUGGAGGAUGGCCGGAUCAUCGACUCCUCACUGAGCCGGGACCCCCUGCAGGUGGAGCUGGGCAAGCACCAAGUCAUCCCUGGUCUGGAGCAGAGUCUGCUGGACAUGUGUGUGGGGGAGAAGCGCAGAGCCAUCAUUCCCCCUCACUUAGCCUACGGCAAGCGGGGCUCCCCCCCAACCAUCCCAGGUGGAGCUGGUGGGCUUGUCCCGGGCCAGUUACUGGCAGAAGGUGGUGAACGAGGUGGUGCCACUGCUGUGCCUGGGGCUGGUGCCAGCGCUGCUGGGGCUCAUCGGCUUCCACCUGUACCGCAAGGCCAGCAGCCCCAAGCUCUCCAAGAAAAAGCAGAAGGAGGAGAAGAGGAACAAAGCCAAAAAGAAAUAAAACUUUCCCCUCGGCAUCUGUGGCUGCUCUUCCUGAGACAGUGAUGGGCACAGGGUGGUGGGAA